AUGGGUCUCCUCCAGUGCUCCCUUUGCAACCACCAGGUGGAAGCGGAGUCUAUUCUCCAGGAGCAUAUGGAGAUCAGGCACCUGUCUGCACUGAAGAUUACUUGGCCUUGUGGAAAGUGCAGCUUCACCUCCCAUGCCAAGAACUACCUCAAGCAUCAUGUCAGAAAAUGCCACGAAAAGGCCCCUCCCAAGCCACACAACCACCAAUGUCCGUUCUGCUACUACGGUACUAAGAAGAACCGAGCUGCCCUUCUUGAUCAUCUCCGAGAUUGCCACCCAGGGGACCUGGUCCAAAAGCCGGUUCUCGAAGGGGAGGUCAAUCGCCGCUUUCGAGACGAAGCGAUGAAGUGUUCGUGGUGUAGCUACAAGGUGAUCUUCCCCAUAAAAUUGUCCCAUCAUUUGCGAGUGUACCACCAGGAUCAAGCAAAUCAACACGCAGCCCCCAGCAAUGGCGGUCGGGGCCAGCCACCCACCAUCCAAGGCGGUGCAGGUAGCGUGUCGAUCGAGGGUCGGAGCGUCGAAGCAGGCCAUGGACGAGAGAGCGCGCCUUCGAUUGGAGACAACCACCACCCAGUCCUCAACAAUGGCGGCAGCGGUCGGCCGUCAGUCGUGAUCCAGAGAGGCGCAGGCCGCAUGGUAAUUCGGGACCGAGACCAAGAAGUUGGCCCAGAAGACGAUGCAUCAAGCCUGGGAGCCGACAGUGUUGCGUUGCUCAGAGAAGAAGGCCUGUCAGGCGAUGGUACCGGAAGUGCAACAGCCGAUGACGACGAGGUCGACUAG